AUGGACGCCGGGUCUCCCACCACCACUAACAGUCGAAAUGAAGACACCGACAAGAUGAUCCGUGCUUGUGCUGAAGCUUGCGGGGUUGGCCGUCAGAUCAUUGAGAAAAUUUGUCCAGCUUCUGAAGAGCAAGAACACUAUAUGGAACAUCACAUAAGCACUGGAUCAUCAUAUAUGAUGCAGAUGGUCCUGCAUUAUGAGGGCGAUCUGAACCAGAACUUCCUUCUUCGAGUCCUGAGCGCAAUGCGUUUCAAGAAUCACGUUUUGCGUACAAGACUGGUUAAACAUGAAGGCCACGUCUACCAGGUUGUUCUGAGAGAUCCUAUCGUAUUCCAACAAACAGGGGUCGAUCUUCACGGCUUUCUAGCACAGAACUCUCGGACGCGUAUGGACUACGGCACUCCACUGUCUCGAUACGCCUUCGUUCGGGAGCCUCAUGGUGAAGCCUUCUUUGUUUGGACGGUCCAUUGCAGUGCUGUCGACGCGUGGACGCUACGCCUGAUCUUUGACGACCUACAAAUUGCCUGUUCAGAUCUACUGGCCUACUCCAAACUCCCUCCGCGCCCGCCUUAUGGAAAGUACGCAAUAUGGCUUGCAUCGCGCGUCUAUGAAGUGGGACUUACAUUCUGGCUCACUCAUCAUACGACCUUUGAUAACCUCGUGCACAAGUUUCCAGUGCUUGGACCAGGAGGCAUUCCCUCGGCAUCUACGAUGAAGACCAAGAAGCUGCUGCAUCUGCCAAAGUUGGAAAACUCAAGGUUCAACUUGCCUACCAUGGGACCAAAGCCUUCGUUGACAUCGGGACUAGUUGUAUAG